GCUGUUCGCAGCACUUCGCGUCACUGCAUCUCCUACACUGUGGGUCGAUCCAGUACAGUGGUGGUGGAAUAUCUGCAAAAUCCGAACAUAGACCAAUUCCAGCUUGGUCGCUGUGCUGCCCCGGUGAUCGACUUUGUAUUAGCCGACUCUAAUCCCAACUUUGAUGAUCAGCCAGACCAAGCAGUCACUCCUCGUACUACGGAUAACAGCAAUGGACGGUUCCUCAAUUUCCGCUCACGAGCCCCGAAGGCGUCGCGCGAGCCGCCCAGUUAUACAGUCUCGCGGUUUGCCUGUCGCAUCAAUGUCGACCGAAAUCCUCCUCACGAGGCUCGUAUUUAUGCGGCCGGCUUUGAUAUGCAGCGCAACAUUUUCCUCGGAGUAAGCUUUUUAAGUUCAUUCGUCAGUGUUUUUGCGAUGUAUUGA